UGUUUCAGUUUGUAAACUCGACGAGUAUUGAUAGCAUGGCAGUUCAUGCUGUAAUAUGUGCUAUUUUAUUGGCGGCGGUGUAUUCAACAGUACAGGGCAAAAUUACCUUCGUUUUCGAAGACGACAUCCAUGAGUGUGACAACGGACUUCCCCUUCCGCAUGUUGACAUCUCACAGGUGCAAAUCUACACCGAAGACGAUGGAACAAUUACAAUUAAUGGAACCACUCGUUUCACAAACGAUUACGGAGGUCCUGUGAGGUGGAAGAUGUACACAAAACGACUGGAGCGUGGUCAAUGGGUUGCUGGAAUUAUUCAGCGUGAUGUUUUUGAUAUGUGCGCGAUACUUACGGUACCUAACGAACUGUGGUAUCCUUUGGUUAAAAAACUGAACAAACAAAAAUGCCCGUUUCAAAAAGGGUACGAAGAGCACAUGAAUAUGAUCAACCUGGGCAAUCCGGCCGAAAUGCUAAACUUUCCGCCAGAGUUUGUAGGCGAGUGGCAAUCGUUCCAUGAAAUAACCACCAACCGUAGAGGUUUCCCAGCGAAAGAGUGCUUCAAGGCAUCGAUGUCCAUCACCGAGGUGUAGAUGUUACCACAGUGGAAUUUGAAUCAAUUGAAUUUUAAUAUUUUAUAAAUAAUCGCAUGUUUUAUAAACUCCAUGUCAGAAAACUUCUCCUUUAUUGUCGAAUUUUAGUUUAACUGGAUUGCUUGAACGAAUCAAUUUUCAAUCAGG